CAUUUAACGCCCGCAACACGGUGAUCAUUUCAUCCUUGGUGUUCACCGAAAGUUAAACAAAGACAGAUGAUGCUCGCGAGCGUACAGUGGAACGCGGCCAGAAUCCAGAAUAGUAAUUGCUCCCCCGAUCCAAUAUCCAAUAUGUCGUUGUAAAGUUCGAUUCUCGAGCGGGACAAAUUCGGGUUGGUGUGAUUCUUGAAAAGUGCGCAUAAUUCAUAUGAACUCGUACGAAUGCCGUCGAUCGUUAUUUAAUUGGUGCUGAAUCGUGAAAGAUAAAUAACUGUGAGACGCGAGAGAGAAACGAUAAAAUCGAGGCAACAUGAUGCAAUUUAUGUUACUGUUCAGCCGUCAAGGAAAGCUUCGCUUACAAAAGUGGUAUGUCGCUCAUCCGGAUAAACUGAAAAAGAAGAUCACGCGCGAGCUAAUAACUACGAUACUCGCACGAAAGCCAAAAAUGUCAAGUUUCUUAGAAUGGAAGGACGUUAAAGUCGUUUACAAGAGAUAUGCAAGCUUGUACUUUUGUUGCGCAAUUGAGCAAAAUGAUAAUGAAUUGCUAACUUUGGAAAUUAUACAUCGAUAUGUUGAAUUAUUGGAUAAGUAUUUUGGCAGUGUAUGCGAGCUGGACAUAAUUUUCAAUUUCGAAAAGGCAUACUUUAUCUUAGACGAAUUACUUGUUGGUGGAGAGAUUCAAGAAACUAGCAAAAAGAAUGUAUUGAAAGCCAUUGCUGCCCAGGACCUGCUACAGGAGGACGAAGCUGUGGAAGGUGCUCUGCGGGAGAUAGGGCUUUUAUAGGUACCCUAUUGUUUGCAUGAGCUUCACGGACAAAGUAUCGACCCACAUGAUCGACCGAAAAACCAGAAAAGGCUUAUCCGCUGCAUGAUGCCAUUACGACUCUACUAUAUAAAUAUAUAAAAUUUCAAGUCAACUUUAUACUAGUCAUAUGCAGGACGUUUGAGGCAUCGUGCAUUUUCUUUCGACUAUAAGCUCUUUGACGAUAAGUCUAUCUUUCUGCAUGAUAAAAAAUUUGAUUUGGGGAUUGAUAAAGAAAAAUCGAAAGAAACUUUUUUUUUAUUUGAAGCUGUUGAUUGUCAAUAUGAAAUAUAUAUAAUAUCGUGACAAUCGAAACUCUGUCUCUGAUCAAAAUACAUACAGGUUUAAAUCAAAUAAAGUAUAAAGUUACUUUAAUCUAUUUAGAAGCUUGACAAUCCAUUUAAAGAAAAAUAUAUUUAAAGAAAAUGCGAAAAAUCGACUAUUUACUUAUGAUUCGCAAAUUCAUUAUUUGGAGCAAAUAGUAUACUCCUCUUACAAUUAGUUAAUUUAUUAACUUUUAAUGCUUAUAAUCGAGAGAAAAUGUGCACGAUACUUGGAGCAUUCUCUGUAUAUGUUAAUAUAUUUUUAUAUCGAGAAAAAAAAGUCGUCUCUUGCGUGUAAAACAAAAUGUUAUGUUACUAACCAAAGGCUGAUCUAUAGUUUUUAAACCUUAAUCAUAACUUUUAAGGUACAUCUUGAUAAAUAAGCGACGACAGUUACCCCAACGUACUUUAAUCUUCAACUGUGGCAAUAAAAUUAUUCUGUAUUUUC